UUUCAAUAACUUUUGUGUAUUUCCUAUCCGGAAUGUUAUCAACAAAUAUAAAUUUAUAUAAAUUUUUAAUAAAUUAUUAAACUUUAUAUCAACAAUAAUAGAAUUGUGAGUACAAAAUAAUUAGUUGAAACCGCGUUCACAUUCGCAAUAUUUUAUGCAUCACUUACACAACGCAGAAAACACCAGAAAACAAACCAGAAAAAAAAUAAAAACCGGUUGAACAAGAAAAAUAUAUGGCAAUUAAACCGUAAAAAAUUAAUAGCGUGAGUUUAAGCGACAUACGCAUUCCGUAUAUACAUGAAAAUUCAAAAAUUACUCGAAAAUUAUUCGAAAAAUGUAAUCAAUUACAAAUUACAUGUAAUCAUUUACGGUUUUUCAUAAUUUUAAACCUUUUCCGAAAUACAGAGGAUAGAGUCGGACUUUACAAACAUUCUGUAUAGCUUAUAUUGAAACGAAAAGCUAAAGACGUACUUCGCGUUAAUAGUGCACGAGACAUUGGCAUAUGCAUGUGUGAUCGACAUAAGUAAACCUCUACUUCUGACUGAAAAGUCAGUGUUACAAGAGCUGCCGUACAGUUUGGAGUUAAUCUGAGUUUUAAAUCGAGCACGCGGGAAUUAUUUGUUUGGAUAAUUGACAAACAAGGAAAUCAAGAUAUAAUGUCUAUAUCUCAAGUCAUACAAUCACACGGAGUCAAUGGAAUUAUUCAGGAUGAUAAGGAGAAUCAAACGAUCAGAUAUGCGUCGGCUAGUGAAACUGGUCUCGAUGGACCUGAUCAGAUACUGCCUACGGAAGUAGAUAGCACAUGUGACGCCAAUGGCAGAGUACGAAUAAAAUUAGAUAGUAAUGGGCCCAAUUCAUGCAUGCCCAUAUCAAUCCCUGGACUUUUAACCAAAACAGCAAAACUUUACCCUAAUCAUAUCGCAUUGGUAUCCAGGCCCGAUGACAAUGGCAAAAGAACUAUGUAUACUUUCCAAGAAUACGAGUCUACCGUAAGAAUUGUUGCCAAAGCGUUUCUGAAGCUAGGUUUGGAGCGACAUCAUAGUGUUUGCAUAUUAGGAUUCAAUAGUCCUGAAUGGUUCAUUUCUGAUCUCGCGACUAUAUACGCGGGGGGCUUUGCUACAGGAAUUUAUACUACAAAUUCUCCAGAAGCGUGCCACUAUUGCGCUGAACACAGUCGAGCAAAUAUAAUAGUCGUUGAAGAUGACAAACAAUUGCAAAAAAUCUUACAGAUAAAAGACAAUUUGCCCGAUUUAAAAGCAAUUGUUCAAUACAGCGGCGUACCCACUGAAAAGGAUGUUUUAAGCUGGAACGAUUUAUUACACAUAGGUAAGAAGGAACCAGAAGAUAAGUUACAAUCUGUGUUAAAGACAAUUGGGAUAAAUGAAUGUUGUACUUUAGUAUAUACAUCGGGAACAGUCGGAAAUCCGAAAGCUGUAAUGAUGAACCAUGAUAAUAUAUUGCAUGAUAUACGAGUGGUAUAUGAAGUGCUAGGAGAUACGUUAAAAGAAAAGUCAGAGGUCAUAGUUAGUUAUUUGCCAUUAUCUCACGUUGCAGCACAGCUAGUUGACAUCAUGCUAAACAUUGUGUUAGCAACUACAGUAUAUUUCGCUGAUCCGGGUGCGUUAAAGGGUACGUUAGUAAAUACAUUAAAUGUGGCGCAACCAACCAUUUUCCUAGGGGUGCCAAGAGUAUGGGAAAAGAUAUACGAAAAAAUGCAACAGAAAGCGCGCAGUAAUGGCGCAAUAAAGACUUGUAUUGCUAAGUGGGCAAAGGCGCAAAGUCUUUAUUAUUAUGCGAAUAAAAUGAAUGAUGUAGAUUAUAAACAUUGGGGUUAUAUCUUUGCAAAAUGGAUUGUUUUUGACCAGGUGAAGGCGGCAUUAGGUUUCAACAGAUGUCAAUACUUCAUAACCGCAGCAGCACCAUUAAAUAACGACAUUAAAAAAUAUUUUUUGAGUUUAGACAUACCCAUAUUAGACGCAUACGGAAUGUCUGAAUGUGGUGGGGCUCAAACAUUAACCAGUUAUAAAGAACUUGGCAAAGAUAGUGUGGGAAGAACUCUGCCCGGACUAUAUACAAAAUUAGACAAUAUAAAUGAACAUGGUGAGGGAGAAAUUUGUAUGAGUGGACGACAUGUAUUUAUGGGUUAUUUAAAUGCACCAGAAAAAACUGAAGAAGCAAAAGAUAAAAAUGGUUGGUUACACAGUGGUGAUCUUGGCAAAUUCGAUUCAAACGGGAAUUUGUAUGUCACUGGUAGACUAAAGGAACUUAUAAUCACAAGUGGAGGGGAGAAUGUAGCACCAUACAAUAUAGAGCAAGCGAUAUUAUCAAAAUUGCCAUAUUUAAGUAAUGCCAUGGUGAUUGGGGAUAAAAGGAAAUAUUUGACAGUCCUUGUCACGCUUAAGAGUGAUAUGAAUCAAGAGACUGGUGCGCCAUUAGAUACAUUGAGUCCAGAUGUACUAAAAUGGGCAAAGUCUAUCAACAGUAAUGCCAAAACAGUUACAGAAGUCAUAAGUUCUCGUGAUCCAGCCAUAUAUGAGGAAAUUGACAAGGCGAUCAAAAGAGCAAAUAUGCAAGCUAUAAGUAAUGCUCAAAAAGUACAGAAAUUUGAAAUUCUUCCUCAUGACUUUUCGAUUCCAACCGGUGAAUUAGGACCCACGUUAAAGCUCAAAAAGAAUGUAGUUCAGAAAAUGUACGCUGAUUUAAUAGAUAAAAUGUAUGAAUAAAACCACGUACUCUACUUUUAUAACAAGGGAUUUUUUAACAAGGUUUCUCAUAGGUACAUCGGUAUUUUGACAUGUGUAUGAGAGUUCUACUUUGUACUGUAAAAGAGCACAGACUCAUGAUAACAAUAACAUACAUACAAAUUAAUAAUUUAUAUAUUUUAUUAUUAUUAUAAGUGUAUUUCAAUUUUGCAAUAUAUAUAAAAUAAUUUAUAAAUAAAAUAUCACAUAAAUUAUAUUAUUGUUUCCUAAAUAUUGCCAAACCAAAUUAUUUAAAAAGUUACAAUGUUAUCAAAAAUGUUUAUUUGAGCAUAUAUAUAUAUAUAUAUCAUACACAAGCAAGCGCACACAUAUACUCAAGAGACAUAAUUUAUGUGAUAUUUGAUUUAUAUAUAAUUGCAUAAUUAAAAUAUAUAAUUUUAUCAUAUUAUACAUCUGUGUUAUACAUGUUAAAUAUAUUUUAAUAUAUAUUGAUAAAAAUUUUGCGUUAAUUGUAGAAUAAAAUUAUAUUUGGAUAUGAACUUUUUUUGCACAGUAAAUAACUAUUUUAUCCCAAUUUGUUCAAAACCUUUAAAUUUUGAUGUCAAAGUGAUCACAAAAUAAAGAAUUUUUGAUAAGUUUUUUAAUUAUACAACGUAAUGGAAAAUUAUAUUUAUAAUUGUAAUGGAAUAUAAUUGUAAUGGAAAGGUACAAAUAAAUGAUAGAAAAGA